AGAUCCAGCCCUUUAUAAACCAGACAGUAACAAGACUUCAUAUUAGUUAGUUUUAUAUUUGUGGUGUAUAAUGGACCACUUUCUACUCUUAAUCUUUACCACAGCUGUUUUUGAACAGACUGAAUCUUUUCAAAUAAUCAAGACCACUAUAAUAAGCAAUGCAUCACUUGGCUGCUCAACACUUGGCUGCUCAAAAGUCGACGACUCAACAGUCGACUCCUCAACACUCGGCUCCUCAACACUCAGCUCCACAAUAGUCGACGACACAUCAGUCGACUCCUCAACACUCGGCUCCUCAACAGUCGACGACACAUCAGUCAUCUCCUCAACACUCGGCUCCCCAACACUCAGCUCCACAAUAGUCGACAACACAUCAGGCGACUCCUCAACACUCAGAUCCACAAUAAUCGACAACACAUCAGGCGACUCCUCAACACUCAGAUCCACAACAGUUGACUCCCCAACACUCGGCUCCUCAACACUUAGCUCCACAACAGUUGACUCCCCAACACUCGGCUCCUCAACACUCAGCUCCACAACAGUUGACUCCCCAACACUCGGCUCCUCAACACUCAGCUCCACAACAGUUGACUCCCCAACACUCGGCUCCUCAACACUCAGCUCCACAACAGUUGACUCCCCAACACUCGGCUCCUCAACACUCAGCUCCACAACAGUCGACGACUCAACAGUCGACUCCUUAACACUCGGCUCCUCAACACUCAGCUCCUCAACAGUCAACUCCUCAACACUCGGCUCCUCGACACUCAGCUCCUCAACAGUCGACGACACAUCAGUCGACUCCACAACACUCGGCUCCUCAACAGUCAGCUCCUCAACAGUCGACGACACAUCAGUCGACUCCACAACACUCGGCUCCUCAACAGUCAGCUCCUCAACAGUCGACGACACAUCAGUCGACUCCUCAACACUUGGCUCCUCAACACUCAGCUCCACAACAGUCGACGACACAUCAGUCAGCUCCUCAACACUCAGCUCCUCUACACUCGGCUCCUCAACACUCGGCUCCUCAACACUCGACUCCUCAACACUCAGCUCCUCAACACUCAGCUCCUCAACACUCGGAUCCUCAACACUCAACUCCUCUACACUCAGCUCCUCAACAGUCAACUCCUCAACACUCGGCUCCUCGACACUCAGCUCCUCAACAGUCGACAACACAUCAGUCGACUCCACAACACUCGGCUCCUCAACAGUCAGCUCCUCAACAGUCGACGACACAUCAGUCGACUCCACAACACUCGGCUCCACAACAGUCAGCUCCUCAACAGUCGACGACACAUCAGUCGACUCCUCAACACUUGGCUCCUCAACACUCAGCUCCACAACAGUCGACGACACAUCAGUCAGCUCCUCAACACUCGGCUCCUCAACACUUGGCUCCUCAACACUCGGCUCUUCAACACUCAGCUCCUCAACACUCGGCUCCUCAACACUCGGCUCUUCAACACUCAGCUCCUCAACACUCGGCUCCUCAACACUCGGCUCCUCAACACUCGGCUCUUCAACACUCAGCUCCUCAACACUCGGCUCCUCAACACUCAACUCCUCAACACUCGGCUCCUCAACACUCAACUCCUCAACACUCGGCUCCUCAACACUCGGAUCCUCAACACUCAACUCCUCUACACUCAGCUCCUCAACACUCGGCUCCUCAACACUCAGCUCCCCAUCACUCAGCUCCUCAACAUUCCGCUCCUCAACACUCACCUCAACACUCCAGACUAGAACCCAGAGAUCCACCACUACAGCUGCCCCGAACACAACAAUGAUCGAACCCAGUCUGGUGUGUGAAAACAAGGGUAUCUUACAAAACGGGAUCUGCCUCUGCCCAGACGAUUGGACUGGAACUACCUGCAACAUCUCAAAUUUUUGUCCUGAACAAAAGACACAAACUAGUAAAUUCACCUUUCCAAAAACGGUCUUAGGCCAGUUUGCUUCCUCAGUUGAGCGAUGUCCAUCACAUACACCAAAUGCUGGAAUCCCCAAAGCUUCAGCCCUCUGUAAUAUAUCUACUCACUUAUUUGAUCCUCCAAACCUUCUAGAUUGUGGUUUGACCCUGGAUACCAUUAACAAUGGUCUUACUGGAGCUACUCAAGCCGAGGUCCUCUCCUUAGCCUCCAGUACCCAGAUUCUCACAUCCAUACCAGAACGGCUAACAGCCCACAACAUCACAAAUGCUGUUAAUAUAGCCAACAUCCUGCUCACCCGUGAUGAAACUGAACAAAGCACGGAAAUUGCAGUGUCAGCAGUCGCCACAGUCAGUCAGCUCCUGAACGCGAGUCAUGGGAUAUACUUUUCUGUCGACCAAGCUGCAAUAAAUGAACUAACACAGACUCUACAGAAACUCUCUCUGCGUGUGGAGUCAAAUCCAUUGCUGGUGCAACCGAACAUGGCAGUGCAGUCACUGAAGGUGCAAACUCCAAUCAAACAAGUGCAAUUAACCUCUUUUAAAGGGCAGAGUGAUACCUUUUUACCUAACAGAAUAAAACUGGAUAUGACACAGGUUUCCAAAGAGAUUUCCAAAGAGAUUUCCAAAGAUAACAUCGACUUACAAAUGAAUGUCACGUUCAGUGAAGGUUUUAACAAAGAUAUUGGGUUUGUUCUCUAUGAUAGUGAUCAGUUCUUUCAGUCAAAAAGCUUUCAACCUUCUCUGGAUACCAAGAGAAGAGUAAUAUCUGCUAACCUUCAAGAAAGUCUUGGAUUUGACCAAAUUGAGUUUGCAGUCACACCAUCGGUCGAUUCGACACUAUCCCUCAACGACUUUGCAUGUGUGUUUUGGAGUUACACUAAAAAUGACUGGAGCCCAGAAGGCUGUUCCAAAACAUCGAACCCCUCAGGUCAUGUAGUAUGCAGCUGUAAACCGAAAAAAUUUGAAAAUGCCAACUUUGCCAUUCUGAUGACAUUUGAUACCAACUAUCAGUAUUCUGAAGCCUUGCAUUGGAUAAGCAUCACCGGCUGCGCUCUGUCUGUACUGGGUCUGUUUGUCACAGCUGUGUACCAAAUCGUAACCAGAAAGUCAAGAGGAGGCAGUCCUACUCUACUAGUUGUGAACAUCUGCAUGAGCAUGACGGUUUUCUACCUUCUCUUCAUCUUCGGCAUAAACAACCCUGUCCAACAUCUGAGUGUGGCUAAGUUGUCUGGUCAGAACAAAGUUCCCGACACAGACCAUCACAAGUACCCAGACGAGGGUCCCUGUACAGCAUUUACAGCUCUGCUUCAGUACUUCCUGUUGGCCACGUUCACCUGGAACACUCUGUACGGGGUUAAUGUGUUCCUCCUCUUCAAAAGCGGAGUGUCUGGAACACCUCCAUGGUUUCCAAAGGUCUCCCUGGCUAUUGGAUGGGUUCUACCCGCUGUUAUUGUUGGUAUCUCAUUGGGUUCCACCUACAGAGUGAAAGAGCCUUUAGGUUAUCGACAGGAAGAGUUUUGCUGGCUGGCUUCACUAGACGACAAACAGAAGUUCAAUAUGGGAAAACCCAUGUUUUGGGGAUUCUUGCUCCCGUUAAUGCUCAUGCUGCUCUCAAACAUGGCAAUACUGCUGUAUUUCUCUCGCAACAUAUGCAGGACCAACCCUAACUUAAACAGUUCACGGAAAACUCCUCUAAAGAAGAAGAUUUUGAGUAGUUUCUCUCUGGCAGUGAUGCUCGGACUGUCCUGGGUCACCGGCUACAUUUUGAUCAUCACCCGUGAAACAAAUCUCCAACUUAUUCUGAGUGUGGUUUUCUGUCUCUUAAACACAACACAGGGUGUUCAAAUAUUAAUUUUAUUCACUCUGAGGCCAUUUUUAAACUCAAACCCAGGAUUUCUGGACAGUCUCUGUGUGUCAAACAUAGGCUUUCACAGGAAGACUUUCUCUUUAUGGAAAAAUACGAUACCAGAAAGCAACGAAAGCUACAAAUCCACUGAAUCUGAAUCGGCCUGAUGGGCAAUCAAAGGUAAUAACCAAAAGAUGAUUAUUUUAAGACUUCCUUUAAUUAACUUCAAUGAAUGAUGACAAGGAGGAAUAUCAGCUUAAGUCAGAUAUUUUGUCUUGGUGUUCGUACUGGCAAUUUUAUGUUUAUGUGUAAAUUUUGUGUGUAUUUGUGUGUGUGUAUACACACAUUUUUCUGAAUUUAAUGUGUAUGUUUAUGUGCUCUAAUGUAAAAUAAUAUAAAUGUACUGUAAACACACGAAUCUUCACACCAAGUUUGGCUCAUUGCUUCUUUUUUACUAAUCACUGUUGACAGAUAUUAAACAUUGAUGAAAUGACA